CCAUCUCUAAAGGCUCAUCACAUCACCGUGGUUUUCAGACUCUGCCCUCUGGAUCGGUUUCAUCAAAGUGGCAUUAAUACAAAGUGUUGCCCAGGAGUGAAGUGGUGCUGGUGGCAAUUGCCAUGACUCUGUCAGGAGAUGUGUGUGUUGUGACGGGAGCCUGCGGGUUUCUGGGAGAAAAGCUGGUCAGGCUGUUGCUGGAAGAGGAGAAGCUUUCUGAGAUACGACUGCUGGAUAGAAAAAUAAAGUCUGAGCUAAUACAGUCUCUUGAUGAUUGCAAGGGAGAGACUAAAGUGAGUGUUUUGGAGGGUGAUAUCAGGGACCGUGAGCUACUGAGAAGAGCGUGUAAAGGAGCAGCACUGGUUUUCCACACUGCAUCUCUCAUCGAUGUCACUGGAGCAGUUGAAUACAGUGAAUUAUAUGGAGUUAAUGUCAAAGGAACAGAGCUGCUGCUCGAGACCUGCAUCCAAGAAAACGUGGCCUCCUUCAUUUACACUAGCAGCAUUGAGGUGGCUGGUCCCAAUCCCCAUGGUGAUCCAAUAAUCAAUGGUAAUGAGGACACCCCUUACUCCUCCUGUCUUAAGUUUAGCUACAGCAAAACCAAGUAUGAGGCUGAACAGAUUUGCCUUCAGGCCAGUGGAGAGCUGCUCCGUAAUGGAGGUCAUCUGGCUACCUGUGCACUGAGGCCCAUGUUCAUCUAUGGACCAGGCUGUCGAUUUACUUUAGACCACUUGAGGAAUGGAAUCCGCAAUGGAAAUGUGCUGAUGAGAACAUCACGACGAAAUGCAAAAGUGAAUCCUGUAUAUGUGGGAAACGCAGCCCUGGCACAUUUACAAGCAGGCCGGGCCCUCAAAGAUUCCCAGAAAAGGGCCGUGAUGGGUGGAAACUUCUAUUACAUCUCAGACGACACACCGCCUGUAAGCUACUCAGACUUUAACUAUGCUGUUCUUUCACCAUUAGGCUUUAGGAUAAAAGAGAGGCCCAUUCUUCCCUUCUCACUUCUGUAUCUUCUGUCGUACCUCAUGGAAUUACUGCACGUUGUGCUCCGACCCUUCCUGAAGUUCACUCCUCCCUUAAACAGGCAGCUACUGACCAUGUUAAACACACCCUUUAGUUUCUCAUAUCAAAAGGCCCACAAGGAUUUUGGAUAUAGCCCUCGCUAUGAUUGGGAAGAGGCACGUAAGUGCACUAGCGACUGGUUAGCAUCUCUCUUACCCACAGAGAGACAACAAAUUAAAUUGAAAUAA